AUGAAGGCCGGCAUGGCCGCCCGCCGCAGCGCUGGCCGUGUGUUCGACGUCGACUUCGCCUCCAUCCCCGGCCUCGACGAGCGCGGUGACCUUCUUUGGAUGGAAUCGGCGAAGUGGGCCGCCGACGCUCUCAACCAGUCGGCGACCAAGGCCAACCCCGGGCGGCGCUCGCCGCACGAGAUGUUCACCGGCGAGCAGGGGCCGUUCCGCGUGCUGCCGUUCUUCCAGCCCGGCUUCAUGCGCGAGGAUCGCCGCACCAAGCUCGACGACCAGGCCACCCUCUGCUACUACCUGAACGGCGGCGAAAACCACCCGAGCGGCACCGUCAAGGUCCUCAAGGCGUCCACCGGCCGCGUCGUCUACACCAACAACGUGUCGUGGGUGACGUCGGCGCCAGCCGGCGAGGGGGGUUCCGCUGGUAUCACCGCUGCGCCGACACCCCCCCCGUUCACGCCGCCGGUCGUCUCGAUCAACUUUGGCCCAGCACCGACGCCUUCGACCACAGCACCGCCACCGCCAGCGCCCACGCCGUCGCCCGCUCCCGCUCCUGCUGCCUCUUCGCCCCCUGCCGCAACGCCGCCGCCAGCGACCACGCCGCCGCCCGCUCCCACGACUUCACAGCCGCCCUCUGCCACUUCGCCGUCACCGUCGGCGACCCCCGCUCCUGGCCAUCCGUCCUCUGCCUCUCCGCCGUCACCGUCGGCGACCCCCGAUCCAGACCAGCCGCCGCCGCCGCCGCCGGACCUCGCGAUGCCCCCGCUCACGGCUCACGCCAUGCGGCAGCUUCGCCCGGGUACAAAGGCCGAGGGUAUGACAGACCCGCGGCUGCCAAGCCGUACGAGAUCGGGCACGAGGCACAGCACAGGACUCAUCUCGAUGCUAGACAGGAACACUCUGGUGUCGAUGCUGGAGGCUCGGAGCGCGGUGGAUAAGGAGCGCAGGGAGCUGGGGGGGGCGGAGGCCGGAGAGCCGGGGGGAACGGGGGCCGGAGAGCAGGCGGGAGCACUCGCAGCAGUGGACCCGGGGGCUGCAGGAGCGGGCUUUCCACUCGCAUUUGCCACGCUCCUCGCCAACCGGGAAGACAUCGACGCCACGCUGCGAGACCAGCGCCCGCCGGAGCAACGCCCUGACCUUCCGCAUUGCCAGGCCAGCGACCUUCGUGUCCCCAAGAGCUACAAAGAGGCCAUGGCGUCGGAGCACCGGCACCUUUGGAGCGACUCUAUGCAAAGGGAGUUUUAUGGCUUGUUGGAAGCGGGGACUUUUACUCCGGGAUGUGGAGCUCUAUCUGGAAUGAUUGUAAAACUAGAUGACAUCUUUGCUGUUGGAGAGAGGGAGAGAUGUGAUAAGUUUGGCGCCGACCUUAACAAGUCCGUGCCAGUGAAGAACCUGGGAGAGUUGAGAUGGUAUUCUGGGUGCUUUUACGAGAGGAACAAGGAGACCGGUAGGUUGACGAUUUCUCAGCAGACUUUCACGGAUGAGCUAGCAGCAGUAUAUGGAGUAGUGGGAGGUAAGAGCGUUCCGAUGUCUUCGGGGGUGAAGCUUUCUGAUUUUGAUGCGAAUGAGGUGGCGACAGACUUUCCGUUUCGUGAGCUGGUAGGAUCGUUGAUGUGGCUGGCGACUCAGACUAGGCCAGACAUUGCGAAUGCAGGAUACGCUGAUGCGGACUUUGCAGGCAAGGCAGCAGACCGUAGGUCGGUAUCAGGGGGGAUCGUGACGUGUGGAGGAGGCGCUGUGUCUUGGUUUUCCAGAACGCAAAAGUGCGUCACGCUUUCGACGACAGAAGCAGAGUACGUCGCGCUAGGCGACGUAGUGAAGGAGAUUUUGUUUUUGAGGCAGAUUUGGCGUUNGUGCAUCCCCAUCUUAAAGGACAACCAGGGGGCGAUUCAACUAGCGCAGAACCCCAUCUCAAACUCGAACUCGAAGCACAUGGAUGGAUGUAAGGCACCAUUUUCUCAGGGAACUGGUAGAGAGGAAGGAAAUUUCGGUCAUCCACGUGCCGUCGCCAUACCAGCAUGCAGACUUUCUUACGAAGAGUUUGUCGAAGGAUGCUUUCGAACCUCACCGUGAUUUUGUGAUGAAUUUGGCAUGAACAUUUUAUCGUUUUUCUGAUGGGUUGUGUUUUGGUCUUGUUCUGUUUCCCGUUUUGUUUCAUUUCCCGCGCCAAGUACUUGUUAAGCGCGAUGCAGCAUUCAUAUUUCAUUGAAUUGUUUUUCUCUCUUGUAUCAUUCUGGUCAAGUCUUCAUGGUAUAUAUUCUGGGCGUCUUUUGGUUGAGAUGUCGGGUGUUACCGAAGUUUUCAGUGAGAAACUAUUGCGAGCAGGGGGGAUGUUAGAUAUACUCGCAGCAGUAUCUGGUCGUGAGGAUCCCAGGGGGACACGUGUUGGAAAUUUCGUGUGUUGAAGGGUACCACCGGCGCAGUCACGGGGACCCUUUUGGCGUGGUCGGUGCGAUAAUAAUGAGGAAGGCUUGCGUGCGUGCUGCGCACUUCUUCCUCUUCUUCUUCCUCUUCCCUCUCUCUCCACCACCACCG